UCAAAUCAUUUUUAUAUCUACUAUGUAUUGCUGUUGAUUAUUCGCGUUUACCAAUAAAAAAGGAACAUGUAAUUGUAAACGUCUUGUUAAGAUAUGUCGGAAACCAGUAAUGAAUAAACGUAAAUAAAUAACACAUUCAUUCAUUUUAUCAAAUACAAACCUUAAUGUAUUUUGCAGUUGUAUUCUAAGGUGACAGUAUUUGUUCCUUGUCCAAGUGUGUAUGUUUUGAUAAUAAUUGUUUAGUACUUAAUGCGACUAGUACUACUAAGAUUUAAAUAAAUAACAAAUUCUGUUCAUUACGUUAUUACAUUAUUAUUAGGUUACCGAUACGACAUAAAUUAAAUACAUAGUGAAACAUAUUGAAUUUUAUACAUAAACAAAUGUUAACAAAGGAUGCAAAAAAUUAAUUGAUAAAAUUGUUAACAUAAUAUAUAAUAAAAAUUAUGUAAAUAAAAUGGUUGCAAACACAACAGAUAUGACUGGAUCCAUAUAUCAUGAAAGACAAGUAAAAGAACUUUGCGCGUUACAUGCAUUGAAUAAUUUGUUUCAAGAAAGGGAUUUUAGUAAACAAGAAUUAGAUCAAAUUUGUUAUAGUCUAAGUCCAGAUGUAUGGAUUAAUCCUCAUAAAUCGCUGUUAGGACUUGGUAACUAUGAUAUUAAUGUUAUCAUGGCAGCACUACAACGAAGAGGACGUGAAGCAGUUUGGUUUGAUAAACGCAGAGAUCCAAAAUGUCUGUGUUUAGAUAACAUUGAAGGUUUUAUAUUAAAUGUACCAACAGAAUAUAAAUUGGGAUUUGUAUUACUUCCCUUGAAAAGACGACAUUGGAUUGCCCUGAAGAAAAUUCAUGGUGCCUUUUAUAAUCUUGAUUCAAAACUUGAUUCUCCUCAGCUUAUUGGGAAAGAAAAUGAUUUACUUGUAUAUCUGAAGGACCAGAUAGAUAGUAAGGAAAAGGAAUUAUUUCUUGUUGUAUCAAAAGAGAUAGAUAAUAAUCAAGGAUGGCUGAUAAAUACAUACGCAAAUAAAGAAGGCAUUAAUGCAGAUCAUGAUACUAUCACAUAUAUUGAAGAUGGUUAUAUGGAGAUGAAUUUGAAAAAAGAUGGAUCUACAGAAAUGAAUGAAAAUGAAAAAUCCUUAGAUAAUAAAAAUUCUAGGUAAUUAAAGCUUUUUUAAUUUACUUAAUCUAUGUAUUCAAUGCUUCAGGCCAAAAUAAAUUAAAAAUUAAAGUGACAAUAGUCCAUUAAUAAAUAAAGUUCUAUGUUUAAGGAAUUGAAAAGAGAAGUAAAAGAUUAUAAAUGUUACAUACAAACUUUCUUGCACAAGAGAAAAGAAUGUAACUAUUUUUAUUAUAUUUAAGUCAACACUAUUUGUUUAAAAUAUGUGAUUAUGUUCGUCAUAUUUUUAUAAAAAUGAAAAAAAUCUUAGCAUGAUAAAAGAUAAGUGAUGGCUCAAUUAUGAAUGCAUAAUAUGUUGCCAAUUAUUAAUAUUUAUAUAGAUUUUUUAUAUAUUGUUAUUAUGAUAAAUUAAUAUAUGUGUAUAUAUAUUGUUAUUUAUUUUAUGCAUAUUUUAUGUACAAUCAUUUGCAUUUAUGAAAUUAAAAUUUCUUAUAUUAAUU